UGUUGCUGCGCCGCCACCGCCCGAGCCAUGGUCCGCGAUUCACUCCGGCUCUCUUAGCAGCAGCAGCCGCCACCGCCGCCGCCGCCGCCGCCCUGUGAUCUGUGGCCUCACUAGCUCCUACUCCUGCGGAGCCACUUUUCCGCUCAGCGCUAUGACCGUCGUUUCUGUCCCACAGCGGGAGCCGCUUGUUCUAGGCGGCCGCCUUGCGUCCAUGGGCUUUUCCACCCGCGGUUACUUCGGCGCCCUCCCGAUGGUUACCACUGCUCCGCCGCCUUUACCCCGGAUCCCGGACCCCCGGGCGCUACCUCCCACUCUCUUCCUUCCUCACUUCUUAGGGGGAGACGGUCCCUGUCUGACCCCCCAGCCUCGCGCCCCAGCACCUCUUCCCAACUGCAGCCUCGCCGCGGCGGGGGGCACUCCUCGGGCGGCACCAAAGAAGCGACGAAAGAAGAAGGUGCGGACCAGCCCGUCGGGGCAGCUCCCCAGCCGCUUCCACCAGUACCAGCAGCACCGGCCGAGCCUGGACGGCGGGCGGAGUCCCGCGACGGGCCAUGGCGGAGCGCAGCAAGUCCCGGACCAGGCCCAGGCCGCUGCCUGGGUCCCAGCUCCUACGACCGCAACCCGAACUGAGGAAGCGAGCCCUUUACUUGGCCCGCUGCCGCCUGCGGCGCCCGGCCAACCCUCGUUUAGAAGAGAGGUUUUAAAAUCAAAGAUGGGAAAAUCGGAGAAAAUUGCCAUUCCCCACGGCCAGCUUGUUCAUGGUAUACCCUUGUGUGAACAACCAAAGAUAAACAGACAGAAAAACAAAUAUAACUUACCACUAACCAAGAUCACCUCUGCAAAACGAAAUGAAAAUAACUUUUGGCAGGAUUCUGUUUCAUCUGAUAUUAUUCAGAAGCAGGAAAAAAAGCCUUUUAAAAAUACUGAGAAUAUUAAAAAUAAGCAUUUGAAGAAAUCAUCAUUUCUAACUGAAGUGAGCCAAAAGGAGAAUUAUGCUGGGGCAAAGUUUAGUGAUCCACCAUCUCCUAGUGUUCUUCCAAAGCCUCCUAGUCACUGGAUGGGAACCACCAUCGAGAAUUCCAACCAAAAUAGGGAGUUGAUGGCAGUACACUUAAAAACUCUCCUAAAAGUUCAGACUUAGAUCUCAGUAUGUAUGUAAAACACAGUUUUUCCAAAAUCCCUGGACUCCUUGAAAAGAAGUGGUACAGAAACGGAAAAUUGCCUUGUUGUAACAUACAAGGGCAGAAGAUGAGUUUAAAAAGUUAUAAACAGCUUGUAUUAUAUUUUAUAUUGUAAAUACUGUAUACCAUGUAUUAUGUGUAUAUUGUUCAUACUUGAGAGGUACAUUAUAGUUUUGUUAUGAAAGUAUGUAUUUUGCCCUGCCCAAAUGGUAGGUGUUUUGUAUAUAUACAGUGGAGAAAUUUUAAGUGUGCUAAGGCACAUAUAAGACCGAUUUAUUUGCACAAGGUACUGAGAUUUUUUUUUCAAGAAACAGCUGUUGAAUCUCAAGGUGAAGAUCUCAAUGUGAACAGUUUACUAAUGCACUACUGAAGUUAAAUCUGUGGCACAAUCAUUGUAAACAUAGGAUUUGUCUAUGUUUCUCUAAAUUGAUUUCUGCCUUCUAAUCUGUAAUUACUGGAAAACUUCUAUUCCCAUUUUUACCAAACUUAAUUUCUGGUUUUUUGGUUUAUAUCCAUUCAAAUUUAAGAUUUUAAUGCCAACAAAAUCGGUUGUAAUCAAAUUUUAAAACAAUAAUAAUAAUUUGGCCCCCCCCUUUAAGUCUUGACUCUUUGUGUGUGAUUGUUUUUCAUGUUUGAAUGUGUAACUAGGAGAUGGAUUUUAACUUUCCAUUUCACUGGCUAAAUGUUUAUACUAAUUGUAUGUCCUCUUGAAAUUUGGAGAGUCUAAAACACUACUACCUCUAAGGGGAGGAAUUCCCCAUUUUACGAAUGGAAAUGGUUGUGGGCAAAAGUGUAGCUGAUUUAGUUUAUAGAAUGUUUUUAUUUUCGAACUGUUUUCGUAAAGUACCAUUUUCGUAAAGUACCAUUUCACUUACCAUAUUUAGAAUGAAGGAAAAUGGUACUUGUUUGGUUUUCAAAUUUUCAGUGUACUGGUUUUCAAAAUCAGUAUAUUGAUACUAAAUGGGAUACUUGAAUCAAAGCAAAUAUAACAUGUUAAAAUAAUAGGUGGAGAUUUUGGGAUCUAAAGCUUGCUUGAAGUUACUGUAGCAUAUGUUUUUUACUUUAAAAUUCAAACUUCUACUCAAUAGUGUAUACGGUCUAUUCCAAUAAGAAAUUCUAGAACACAACUUUCCCUUCUCAUUAUACAAAGCCAAGGUUAUCCCAAACAGUACAAAGGAAAAAGUCUUAAUGAGUAAUUGGUCAAUAUUUAGACACGUGAAAAUGUAAAGUUGUUAAAAGGUUAAAUAUGAUUUUAUAAAACAGUAUAGAUGAGAAAGGUGCUACCAUCCUAAGGGGAGAAAAUGAGUCAUAAGUCUCAAUUUCUUGGAUCCUUUGGUUCACACAAGGGAGGACCUAACUUUAGAAUCCUGUUGACUUGAUAAGCAGUGCCAUGAUAGCAUGAUGACUUGUUACUGCCACCACAAAAUCUCUUAAGAAUUUACAACUUGUAAAAACCCAUCCAGGUAUUUUUCUUCGGCACUGAUGCCUUGUUCUUAUGAAUUUAGAGAAAGUUACACUUAAUUUACAUACAGGUAUAUAUAGCUAGAUUUUUAAAAAGCAUUUAGAGAAACUAAGAUACAAGUGCACUUUCAACCUUGUAAAGACUUUUUCUUUUAGCCAAGAGGAGUGUUAAUACACUGGUAAAGAAGAUGGCUAAAUUUUUUAAGGGGUGAUAUAAGGAAAUUAAUAAAUUUUAUAGUUUGAAAAGUGGUUGAAAUAGACUACAGAUAUAUUUAGUGAGGUGUUAACAAAUUUGAAUAGUUUUGGUUUUACAGUAAAAGUUAUUUAACAGUAUUAGUCCCUUCAGACUACUGUAACAACAUACUAGAGAUUGGGUAGCUUAUAAACAAUUUCUCAGUUCUGUAGGCUGGGAAGUCUUAAGAUCAAGGCAUCAGCAGAUUUGUUGUCUAGGGCUUCCCAUGUGAUGCUAGUGGUAAAGAGUGUGCCCGCCAAUGCAGGAGAUGGAGGUUCCAUCCCAGGGUCAGGAAGAUCCCCUAGAGGAGGGCAUGGCAACCCACUCCAGAAUUCUCCCCUGGAUAAUCACAUGGGUAGAGGAGCCUGGUGAGCUACAGUCCAUAGGGCUGCAAAGAAUAGGGACAGGACUGAAGUGAGUUGGCACGUUAAGCAUGCCCGGGAGCCCUCAUGAGGUUUGUGGGAGGCGACCUUUAGCUGUGUAUGCGCAUGGCACAGGGGUGGGGGGGCUCCCUUAUAUAAGGACAUGAAUCCCAUUCAUGAGGGUUCCCCCCCUCCUAAUCACUUGCCAAGUCUCUACCUCCUAGUACUAUCACCUUGGGGGCUGGGUUUCAACAUAAAAAUUCAGACCAUAGUGCAGCCUAAUUAUUCAACAAUUAUUUUUCUCCUAUUGGAGUUUCUUGAAACAUUUCCUCCCAAUGUUCAUGUAAUUUGUCUUGUGGGGGUAUAAAGUACACUGCAGUUUUCUGCUACAGACCUAAAUGUUAACUAAUGGCCUAGUUUAAAAUUGCAAAGGGGUAAAAGGUGUGAGCGGAAAAUGUUCUAUUCAGUGGCACUUCCCCUAUAAAACAUAUAUGUGGUUUAGAAUCUUAUACUGAAGUGUCUUUAGGUAAAUUUGUACAAUUUGAUACUGAGUUUAUUCAGCUCAUACCACUGAUGUAGUGACAAUAUAGAAAGCUGCUUUUAUUUGCAUUAAUCUUGGUGCUAAGUAAUCUGUGUCCUUGAAGAAUGAGAAAGGGGAAAAAAAAAGGUAAUAAAAGACCAAAUUACAAUAUUAAAAGAUUGAUGGGAGCCAUUCUUUUCAAACUUAAAGGUGGUUUUUAAGUUAAAAUACAAACUUUAGUGUAGUUUAUAAAUUUGAAGAUCUGAAUGUAUUAUCAAGUAAUUUACAUUUUACUCUUAACCAGCUUUCAGGUUUCUAGGCAUUACUAUACCCCUUUCCUUCACAAAUUAUAAAACUAGUAUAAUUGUGGGAAAUGAAUGGGUUACGCUGUACUUAAAACCACUUGUAUUUCUUUUGCCUAGUAUGUGGUUUUUAAACUAGUUAAAAACCCAUAAUAUUUGUUCUGUCUUCACCUGCCUUCAUUAAAAGCCCUGACUCAAUAUUGGUGUUGAGAAGGAACAAAAUCCAGGCCCAUCCCAGUGCUUCUGCCCCUCAGCACCCGGGCCGAGCAUGGACCUGGUAAGGCGGGCACAGUGGACAUCCACCCAAGACAGGGAAAUGAGGAUUAUGAGGAACUAUGAGUGUAGUACUCGUGCCUGGGAAAUCCCAUUGGCAGAGGAGCCUGGUAGGCUGCAGUCCAUGGGGUCGUGAAGAGUCAGACAUGACUGAGCGACUUCACUUUCACUUUUCACUUUCAUGCAUUGAAGAAAAUGGCAACCCACUCCAGUGUUCUUGCCUGGAGAAUCCCAGGGACGGGGGAGCCUGGUGGGCUGCUGUCUAUGGGGUCGCACAGAGUUGGACACGACUGAAGUGACUUAGCAGCAGCAGCAGCAUGAGUGUAGUGGAUAAACUAGACCCCUCUGAUGCCUCAGCUCCCAGCAUGUUCUCAAAAGCAUUUCAAUGUCUGGGGAGGAAAAGGGCUGUCGUAGCUCAAAGCCACCAACCUCUGCCCUAUUUAUUCCUGGUUCCUCCAGAAGUGCUGGGGAGAAACAUGAAUAUUCAGUGGUUUGAGAUUACCCAAAAAAUGCAAGGCAAGUGUUCUGUGGGGGAAGCUGGUUUUGUGAUUGAGGCGGUGGGUUAAUUUUGAGUUGAAUCCACAGGGUCGGAACUGGAUACGACUGAGCGACUAAGCCUUUCACUGAGCUCCUGUGGUAGCUCAGAUGGUAAAGAAUCUGCCUGCAGUGCAAGAGACCAGGGUUCAAAACCUGAGUUGGGAAGAUCCCCUGGAGAAGAUAAUGGCAACCUAUCCAGUAUUCUUGCCUGGGAAAUCCCAUGGACAGAGGAGUCUGAUGGGCUACAGUCCAUGGGGUUGCAAAGAGUCAAACGUGACUGAGCAACAGAUACUUUCUCCGUUAAGAAAUCAGUUCUAGAACGGAAGAUGCAAAGGAACUUCUAUUUGAUACUGGCAUUUUUGUAUGAGUCUUCAUUGCUGCUCACAUAAAUGCAGAUGUCUUCCUUACAGAUGGGAAAUUCAUUUUAGGAGUUAAGCCCAUAGUUAAAAAUUCCCCCAAUUGUUAAGUCACCAAGUUUAGCUUUUAAAAAUAGUAUGUUGUAAAUAUUACCACUAAUUGGCCUACAUGAGUUCUGAAGCCUCCCAAAUCUUAAGUCUAUGAUUCCAUCAAAUGGCUCAUUUAUGUGCAUAUGCACAUUUCUCUGUAUAAUAAAAAUCCUAACAAUGAAACUAA